AUGCCUGCCCCCGCGCCUCCUCCUUCCCUUCUGUCCUCCGUCCUCCUCGCUCUCUUUUCUCUGGCUUUACAGACCAACACCAUAACCACCUCUGACCCUAUAUCACAAAAGCUUUUUGCCUGCGACAUCGCUGCGUACAGUGAUGCCGAGCUCGAUCGGUAUCUGGAAGGACAGCGUCUCUCCAGCGGCGUGAGGCUCGUCGAGGUCGAGGACCCCGAGAACCUGCCGGGAAGCUUCAUCCAGCGGCUGAGAGAUCGGGCACAACACACCAGCAAUGCGGCACAGUCCUGCCCGGUCGACCCUGCCCAGCUCUCGGCGCGGCUGCUCGACAUCUCUUCCGACAACACUACAUCGUCGCGUCCCCGCCGCCCGCCGCCCGACCCCGAGAGCCCUAACCGCACCCUGAUGCCCACACCCCGAGAUGAGCGCGAGAGGCAGGACUACAUGGACCUUGUCCAGGAGGGCGGCCGUCCUCUCUACGCCAUUGACCUGAUCAACAAGGUUGCUGAAAACCCGUCUUCAUACGAGCAUCUCUGGAAACUUGGCGGGAGUUCCGCUGCUAGCAACACCUCAACAGGGGCUACCGCGCUAGCUCGAUCCCUCCUAUGGGAGAACUACUGGCAUGGGUACGACGCGGCAUGGGAGACGCUCGUGCGCUCGGGCAUGCUGAGGCCGUUCGAGACCGAGGAGUAUAUAUGCGAGUUCAAAUCUGUGUUUCAGCGCCAGCACGAAGAAGACCAGGCUGCGCAAGCUCUCAGAUCAGCCAGGUCGGCUGCUGAAGAUGUUCCGAGGCGGGCGCGCGGGGACAGCAGCAGCUCUCGCCACACCUCGGCAGCGCGCAUGCAGAGAAUGGAGGCGGCCAGGUCGAGGCUCGAAGCAGCAGAAGAGGCAUUAGCGCUGAUCAAGAGGCGGAACGACCUUAUUGGGGAAUUCAAGAGAGCGACAGAGGAUUACUGUAUAGAAAAGAGAGAGAUGGGGCAUGAUCGUAUCCGGAUGCAAUGGGUCCUGGACCAAGUCCCGCUCGUCGAGGCUGAGCUGAACGGCGCUAGGCCUGCGGGCGGGACCGAGGCGACUCGGAACCACGACGACCACGACGACGAUGGCGACGACGAGGCUGCGUAUGACCAAACGACCAAGAGACAGAGACGGGAAAGGAUCAAAAGGCAGAAACGAGAUGCUGGCGAGCCUGGCCCGACGCCAGGAGCGAGACCAAAGCGCAGCCGAGAGGAUGCUGCUGAUAACAGACUGUCCCUCAAGCGGCUAAAACGCCGCAGCGGCGACGGCGACAGCCUGGGCUCGCAUGGGGAGAUGGCCGGCGGUGCUGGCACGGGUGCAGCUGGGGGCCCUCAGGGGCCGGAGGCUGUCGAGGCCGGCUACGAACACGCCGCAGGAGCGAUAGAAAGGCCAGCUCCGAAGGGGAGCAAGCACCCCAGCGGUCAUCCACAGCAGACAGGGAGCCCGAGACACGCCUCUCGGCCCCGGACGACCAGCCAGCUGCCCCGCCGCAGUGCUCGGAUUGCCGCCCGCCGGGAGGCGCUGCAGGCUGCUCCCGCUCCACCCAGCGCCUCCCGAGGCCCACCCCAAGGCUCGCGCCGGAGGCUGGCGCAGGCACCACCAGCGCCUACAGCAGCCGCAGGGGGCCGCCAAGACCACCGUGCGAGGCUUCCGCCGACCAAGACCAGGAGGCAGGGCGCAAGAGGGGGUGGCAGGCGUGCCGCAGCAGAGGUCAGGUGAAUACGAGAAAACCAAUGAGAUAUGGAACAAGGGGGAGAGAAAUAUAGUGAACCAGAACUCGGGCGCUGUGUGCAUUAAAAAUACAUCUGAGCAGUAGGGGCGCUGUUGACCAAGACAUGCCUGUGCAGAGAUGCAACAACAGACAGAGGCCAAUGUGGCAUAGGGUCAAGGUGAAAUAUCUGCUCUAUACCUGUCCAGGUGGCCCAAAAACAGAAAGGCCUGAGUCCACUUGUUUCCAAGGAGGGGCUCGCCCUGGACCUCGAAGAUUUUCUGUGCAAAGAACCUUAGUUCUGAGUGGCUUGGUGGAAGCCUUAGGCUUUGCUGGAGGAGGAUCCAUUCAACUAGCUUUCUUUCUUGAGCAAUGGAGAGUCUCUGAUUAUGAUAUUAUCAAAGAUGGAAAUUGAGGAAAUAAAUUGGCGCUCUCAAGAAAGCGGAUCUUUUGAGCAGCAGAUGCGGUUUGUGAGCUGCUGAUAUCGGAGCCAUGGAUGACAGUGCGGAUAUAGAUGUUAUAGAAAUGGUAGGUAGGAUUCAGAUUCUGGG